GGUAAUCCACACUAAUCUUCACUACGUUACCAAAAUGAAGGGACAUUACUUAUUUGCAAUACUUUUAUUGAUAGUUUUAUACGGUACUGUCAGGGGUGAUGAUAAAGCAGGAUCAAUAAUAGCUGUUAAAACUGAUGAAACAGAACAAAGGGAUGACGAAACAUUAGUACAUUCAUUCAWCGAUAGAGAAGAUCUUGAAGUAUUCCAACCAACAUCUGAAUGGCAAACUGUUCAAUCAGAUCAGGCUAUUCCGCCAGGUUUACACGUGAAAAUCGAUCUUCAAUCAGGAGAGAAGCAAGCUAAGUUGAUGGACGGUGAUGAUGGAAAAAGAUACAAGAAUCACGAAAAGAAAAAAUACUCUAGGGAGCAAAAUCAUUCAAAGCAAAAGUUUGUUCAAAUUGACAAAAAUAUAUUUUCUAAACAGCAUCUCAAGGAUGCUUUGAAAGACUUCAAAGAUAAAUUCCAUAAUGAGAAACCUGGAGACGAAAAAGAGAAAGAGAUUAAAGCAAAUAUUAAGUUCAGGUCAAUCGAGGAAAUAAGAAAAGACCUUCAAGAUGCUAAUCUGUUCCCGAAAAAAGACAUUGAUGUCAUCAAGGAGCAUUUACAAAUACUAAACAACACCUCAUCUUCAUUAGAAGAAAAAGAACAUGCUUUGAAUGAGCUGGAAUACUAUCUUCAUCAGACAGAUAAUGCUAUUGAUUUUGAUACUAUUGGAGGGCUUAAACUGGUUAUCAAACUGUUGAAUAGUACUGAAGAACAACUCACAGCUACUGCAGCCUAUGUACUUGGCUCUGCAGCUCAGAGCAACCCCACUGUGCAGAAAGCAGCACAAAAGUAUGGUGCCUUGACCAUACUCUUAAGAUUACUAUCACCUCACCAUUCAAUGAAAGUUCGACGCAAAGCUUUGUAUGCUCUUUCYGCUUUAAUUCGUUUGUGCUCUACAACUCAAAAAGAGUUUCUCAAGAUGAAUGGAAUGGAAAMUCUUCUAAAGAUUCUAGUUGAACCYGGUACUGGACAAAUAAGGACUAAAAUUGUAACAUUGAYGACAGAUAUUCUCACUGAACAGUUUGAUUUGGUAAAGAAAAAAGCAAAGCAGCAGGGUGCUCAAGACAUWRCAUCAAUUCUGAAACAAGUACCUCUUCUAAAGGUGAUGGUCAAACAGGGCUGGUGUARAUUAGUCCCAGAUCUUCUUCACACAACAGAUAACGACACAAGAGAGAAAGUCUUACAUGCUCUGAACAUUAUGGCAGUUGGCUGCCGACAAGAAUUCAAAACUUCGAAAAUUUUUAAUAAUCUUGACAAUUUACAAACAGAAUGGCAAAAUAUUGCCAAAGAUGUCGAUAACGAGGAUGGAGAAUAUUUCAUGCAUUUGACGCAGUUAGUUUCAGAAUUAAAAAAUAGAUUAAACUAAGUAAUAAUAUAUAUAUUGUAAAUAGACCCAUUUCAGACUGUGUCAUGCUCUUAAGAACGAAAUUGUUUGUUUGAGUUGUAUUCAUAUUCAUGUGUCUUUUUAUGAUACUCUAUGGAACGACACGUGGUCUGRAAUGGGAAAACAUUACGCCCAAGGUAAAGARGUCUAGUCUGCUUGAAUAAAUUGAGAGGGCGUGCUUGUAAUUUGGURAAUGUAAAUAAAWUAUUCCUUAAUAGCUAGAYAUUUUUAUGAGCAUSAAGAAAAUAUAUAUCGAARAUAGUAUCAAGAUCGACCAUUUCGUAUAAUUCAGUAUCUUUCAAUAAAUUCGUAGCACAGAAAAUCGCA